AUGCUCUCACGUGUUGCUGCAGUGAAGGCACCCCGCACACACAACCGUCGCCGCGUGACCGGAUCCAGCGGAAGGAGGAGGGAAGGAAGAGAGAGUGAGUGGCAGAGGCCCAACAUGUCCCGGCGUGUGUUUGCUUCCGCGGUGCUCCUCCUCGUCGUGAUGAUGUGCUGCGGCACUGGAGUUGCGCAAGCUGCUGAGCCACCGAUACCUGAGGAACCUGUACCGAAGUCACCUUUUGCUUGGAGAGAUACAAAAGUUGGGGAAACAUUGAGUUUGCUACGUGUUCCCAGUCUUGUUGAAAUGGAUGGUCAAGUGUUUGCCGUUGCCGAGGCUCAGUGCACGAAGGGAGGCAGUGGUUUCACUGGGAUUGCAUCGGAGCUCCUAAGGUUGAAUGAUAAGCCAAAGGAGGACUUGGAUAAGAGUAACUUGAAGACACAAGUACCGGAGGGAUGUAUAUGUGAAGGAGGGAAAUGUCCUGCCGAUAAAGAAGAGAAACGUGUCUGCCGUACAGCGGGUCAGGAUGAUCCCCAAAGCAAGACUAAAGUACAUGUGAGCCGACCAACAACAGUUGUGAAGGGAAGUGAUAUUUACAUGCUUGCUGGAAACUAUAGUUGGGCAUAUGCCGACAAUGAUCGGGCAGUUGGCUGGGGACUCAUGCUGGUGAAAGGGCACGUCAGUGAAGAGAAUGAAAAAGGUAAAAGAAUUUAUUGGAACGAUACUUACGCCAUUCCGUGGACUUACAAAGGCAACCAACACAGUAUCUUGAAGCGGCUGAUCGGCGGCGGUGGAUCGGGUCUUAAGAUGAAUGACGGUACGCUUGUGUUCCCAUUGGAAGGCACCAAAAAGAAGGAGGAGGCAGACACCGAAGAAGGUGGAAAGACCGUUUCGCUGAUCAUAUACUCCUCGGAUGCUAAAAACUGGAAUCUUUCGAAGGUGAUUCCUGACGAUGGCUGCAGUGAUCCCUCCGUUGUGGAGUGGGAGGGAAAACUCAUGAUGAUGACUGCGUGUGAUGAUGGCCGUCGCAGGGUGUACGAGUCCGGUGACAAGGGGGAGGAGUGGACGGAGGCACUCGGGACACUCUCGCGCGUGUGGAGCAGCCCAAAGGACGGAGAAGGGAAGGCCGUUAGGAGCGGGUUCAUCACAGCGACGAUUGGCGACGAUGUUGGAGAUGAUAAGAAGAAGAAUGUGAUGCUCGUUACUUUGCCGGUGUAUCCCAAGAAUGCUGAGAAAGAACAAGUUAAUGGAAAGGGCGUACUCCAUCUUUGGCUGACGGACAAUACGCACAUUGUUGAUAUUGGGCCGGUGUCCGGGGACGAUGCUGCCGCCAGCGCCCUGCUGUACAAAAGUGGGAAUAAUGGUAAUCAAGAGAAUAAUGAGAAGUUGAUUGCACUGUACGAGAAGAAGAAGGCCGAAGGGGAUACACCAUCACCCGGUAUGGUCUCUGUGCUCCUGACUGAGCAGCUGAAGCGGGUGAAGGAUGUGCUGACGACCUGGAAGGAAGUGGACGGACGUGUCUCCAAGCUGUGCCCCUCUGAGAAUGCUGAGCAUGAUUCCUCAACUGACGAUGGCUGCGGCGCUGUAAAGAUCACGGAUGGGCUGGUUGGCUUUUUGUCCGGCAACUUCUCUGAUGGCACAUGGAGGGAUGAGUACCUCGGCGUGAACGCCACAGUAAAUUAUAAAGAUGGGGCUGCAAAGGCGGAUAAUGGCGUGACAUUUAAAGGACGUGGUGCGUGGGCGGAGUGGCCCGUUGGCAGUCAAGGGGAUAAUCAGCUGUACCAGUUUGCGAACUACAACUUCACUCUUGUGGCGACGGUGUCCAUCCACGGUGUGCCGAAAAGUGGCAGCGUCCUUUUGAUGGGUGUGCGUCUUGAUGGCGAAAAAAAACUUAUGGAGCUGUCGUACGACAGCGAAAAGAAGUGGCGGGUGCUGUGCAGUGACGGAACGACCAAGAGGCUUAAAAGCACUUGGGAGCCACAGACACAGUACCAAGUGGCCAUUGUGCUACAGAACGGCACCCAGGGCUCUGCGUACGUCGAUGGCCAGCGUGUGUGUGGGAGUGCGCAACGUGGAUUGGAAGCAGCAGAAUCGCAAGAGAUCUCCCACUUCUACAUUGGAGGGGAUGGAGACAACACACAGAGAAAAGACGUUUCUGUGACUGUGACGAACGUCCUGCUGUACAACCGCCCGUUUUCAUUUUCAGGUGAGAAUGCCGAUGUGGAAGAAGAUGCCGAUUCACCAUCCGUGGAAGGGGAACAAAUUGUGGCUCUCCUCGCAACGAAACCUUCUGAAGCUCCAGAGGAAAAAAUGGCCUUGCAGCGGCCUCGACAGGAAACUGAAGCACAGCAAAUAACAACGGGGGGGAAGCCUGCCACCACACAGCAAGUGCCGACGGCCCCGGGGCCCCAUGCCAUUGGAGGAACAACGGGUGAUGGCGGCAAUGUUUACAGAAGCGGACUGCUGCCGCUGCUGCUUCUGUUGGGACUGUGGGGGUAUGCGGCUCUGUGA